AUGGCAUCCGUGGAUGCGUAUAGGCCUUAUCUCGUGGAUUUAUAUGGAGCAUUCGUAGGAGUAUUCAAGACCUGGAAUCCCCCUCUUUCCCGUCAUGAAAGCAUCAUUGGUCUAGUGGUAGAAUUCGUCGUUGCCAUCGACGAGGCCCGUGUUCGAUUCACGGAUGAUGCACUGUUCUUUUUGUUUUUGAGAUUCUUCUUCAUAUCAAAUUCUUCUGAUUAUGAUUUUUGA